AGAGGGUUCAGUUUUGCUGCCACUUCCUUAUGUGGUCAACCAACUCCUUCCUUCUACCCGCUGCUGCUGGGUUUGCACUUUGCAACCAUGUCGACGGAAUUUCUCGCCAUUGGCAGGAGGAGAAGCAUUCAUCCGCUCUGCAUAUUACUCUCCACUUUUCGCCUUCUUCACCGCCCUUUUCAUUACAGAAAUCAUCAGCCCGUCCCUUCUUCAUCUCCUCCACCCCUGUGCGGCGGCGCCAGGCUCUUCACGUCCGUGUCUCUUUCCGACCAAACCCACUCACACCCUCAAAGCUCAGACCCUUCUUCUCCGCACCUCGUCAACGAGCUCUCCCGGAUUCUCAGCGACUUCAGAAGUCCGCAUCAUGAUAUCGAGUCGGCCCUCAGCCCAUUCCGCUCCCAAAUCUCCGUCGAUUUGGUUGAACAAGUUCUCAAACGGUGCAAAAAUCUGGGCUUUUCUGCUCACAGAUUCUUCAUAUGGGCUCAAAAUCUUCCGGGCUUUACGCACAGCGAAGAUAGCUACGGCAUUCUUGUCGACAUCUUAGGACGUAGCAAGCAGUUCCCGUUGUUAUGGGAUUUUCUCAGAGACACUAAACCUUCCUGCGAAAUUUUCUCGAAUGUGUUCAGGGCCUAUUGCAGGGCUAACCUUCCUGAAGAUGCCAUUAGGGCUUUCAGCAAGAUGUCUGAUUUCGGAAUAGAACCGAGUGUGGAUGAUCUCAGCCACCUUCUGUAUGCGCUUUGCAAAAGAAAGCACACACCCCAUGCCCAACACUUCUUUGACAGAAUCAAGAAGAGUUACCCACCCUGCCCAAAGUGUUAUAGCAUUUUGAUCCGAGGGUGGGGAGAUGAAAAGGAUGGAUUUUCCCAGGCACAGAAACUGUUCGAUGAAAUGCUUCACAGAGGAUGUUCGGCUCAUCUGCUUGCUUGUAACCGUCUCUUGGAGUCUCUAUGUAAGGGAGGGAAGAUUGAUGAGGCUUAUAAGUUCUUCACAAAGAUGAGGUCUAUGGGGCUGGAACCAGAUGCUUUUACAUUCUCCAUAUUCAUUCAUUCUCAUUGCACUUCAAAUGACAUCCACUCUGCUUUCAAAGUUCUUGACAGGAUGAAAAGCCAUGGUCUUGUCCCUAACACCUUCACUUACAAUUGCAUCAUCAAGAAACUCUGUAAGCUAAAUAAAGUGAAAGAUGCAUACCAACUGCUGAAUGAGAUGGUUGAUAGUGGAUCAAAUCCUGACUGUUGGAGUUGCAAUACGAUUUUAGCUUUCCAUUGUGAUCAUAAUGAAGUUAAUCAAGCGCUUAGGCUGAUCUCAAGAAUGGACAAAUAUGGUGUCCGACCAGAUCGUCAUACGUAUAAUAUGGUUCUUAAAAUGCUCAUUAGGGUAGGAAGGUUCGAUAGAGUAGAGAAAGUCUGGGAAGGUAUGGAAGGAAGAGGAUACUACCCUUCAGUCUCUACAUAUGCCGUCAUGGUCCAUGGCCUCUGCAGGAAGAAGGGAAAACUUGAGGAAGCUUGUAAAUAUUUUGAAAUGAUGAUUGAUGAAGGAAUACCGCCUUAUGCCUCAACAUGUGAGCUGUUGAGGAAUAAACUGAUCGGCUAUGGCUUUGUAGAACAGACAGAAAUACUUGGGGAUAAGAUGGAGAGAAGCACUUCAUGUUCAAUUCAGGAGCUAGCUACCUUAAUAAGAGGUGGUAAUAGGGUUUGUGUCAAACACAGAGAUGAGGAGGAAUACUCUGAUGAUGAGAGUGACAGUCAAUAACAGGGCUUCAUUCCCCCAUAUAUGGAUAAAUGAAGAACUAGUAUUCCCUUUAGAGACGAUCUCUCUUAUUCUUCAUCCAUGUUUUAGUUAUAUAUACAUGAACUAACAAAAAAACAACCCAGGUCCAUGAGAGUCCUCGGAAGGGUCCCACUACAAGGUUGGACAUUGGUCACGUAACAAACAUUUACCUUCCCUUUUUUAGGACUUCGCUCCCAAGAUUUGGACCCAUGACCUACUCAUGGUCACACCAUGCACCUCAACACAUGUGCCAAGGCUUCCAUAUUUUUAGUUAUACAAGAACUAUUUAGUGCCAACACUAGUGGUCUUACUAUAUAUUUUCUCGGCCAGAACCGUUUUUUCAUUUUUUGGUUCAUGUUGCCAAAGUGUUAAACUUACCUAGCUUUUGGGCGCAUAAGAUUGUGAAACUUGAAAUGAACUUUUU